AUGCUUCAACCUCGGAUUGCCCUCAGAGGCGUUCGUCUCCCGUUCCGAUUUCUGCCUUCCCUCCCCUCUCGUGCGUACUCUUCCGGUGCCGAGCAACAUGCCGACUCUCCAUCUCCCGCUGAACCUUCGAGCUCGACCUUUGACCCGAGUAUCGCAUUUGCUCCCCCUCCUACUCGUGGGGACUCUGGAAUCCACCUCCGAAAGUACACGCCUCGUACCCCCGGUGUUCGACAUCUGCGACGGCCUAUCAACGAUCAUUUGUGGAAAGGCCGCCCAGUACACAAGCUGACGUUCCCAAAGAAAGGUCAUGGCAAAGGAGGCCGGAAUAACAGCGGUAGAGUUGUCGUCAGGCACCACGGUGGUGGACAUAAGCGCCGCAUUCGAAUAAUCGAUUACAAACGAGAAGCACCUGGGCCGCACGUCGUUGAGCGCAUCGAACAUGACCCAGGACGGUCCGCCCACAUUGCUCUUCUUCGAAGCCAGGAGACCAAGCAAUUGAGUUAUAUCGUGGCUGCGGAUGGCAUGAGGGAGGGCGAUGUUGUUCAGAGCUACAUGUCUGGCAUCCCGAAAGACCUGUGGGAAAGCAUGGGAGGUGCUGUCGAUCCCGGUGUGCUCGCAGCCAGGACCGCUUGGAGAGGAAACUGCUUGCCCCUACACAUGAUCCCAGUCGGGACGCUAAUAUUCAAUAUCGGUUUGUAUCCUGGAAAGGGAGCUCAACUAUGCCGAAGCGCCGGCACCUACGCAACAGUUAUCGCCAAAGGAACCAACCUACAAUCGGACGCGUCUCGGGACCAAGCUCAACUUCAAAAGGAAGAUGGAAAACCCUUGUCACAGCGGGAGAGGCAGAAGCAGGAGCGUAUUUUCAACCACAUCACCGUCCGCCUCCAAAGUGGUGAAGUGCGCCUCAUCCACAAGGACUGCUGUGCUACUGUCGGAGUUGCUAGCAAUCCCAACUACAAGUAUACCCAACUAGGAAAGGCAGGACGCUCGCGCUGGCUUAACAUCCGACCCACGGUCCGCGGUCUUGCUAUGAACGCCAUGGAUCAUCCUCACGGUGGUGGACGAGGCAAGUCUAAGGGUAACGUGCACCCGAAGAGUCCUUGGGGUCUUCCGGCGAAAUCUGGCUACAGGACUCGGCCCAAGUGGAGGGUCAACAAAGCAGUUGUCAUUCCCAGAGUUCGCAACCAGGGUAAGCGUCGCAGAGGAUACAACUAG